GUCAUGGUUUGGAUCCACGGUGGUGGAUAUACUUUGGGGUCAGCUUCAAUGUAUGAUGGCUCGGCCUUGGCUGCUUACCAGGAUGUAGUUGUGGUUCUGAUCCAAUAUCGCUUGGGACUUCUGGGCUUUCUCAGCACAGGAGAUGAACACAUGUCAGGGAACUUUGGCCUGCUGGACCAGGUAGAAGCCUUGAGGUGGAUCCAGCAGCACAUUCACAACUUUGGAGGAGACUCUACUUCAGUUACCAUAUUUGGGGAGUCUGCAGGUGGAGUGAGCGCGUCCCUCCUGCUUCUCUCACCAUUGUCUGAUGGCCUGUUCCACCAAGCCAUUGCUGAGAGUGGCACUGCUGCAAUGGAUUUACUCGUAGCAAAUGAUCCUCUACCAAUAACACAGGUGGUAGCGAAUAUAUCUGGAUGUAGCAUCGAAAGCACAGAGAGGAUUGCUGAUUGUAUGAGAAACCUCGAUAUUGACACUAUUGAUGAAACAUUAAAAUUUUCUGUGACUGUUGAUGGACACUUCCUGACAAAACCUGUGGAUGAGCUGUUCCAUAAACAUGAACUUCUCACUGUACCGUUCAUGACUGGUGUUAAUAAUGAUGAAGUGGGCUGGUUACUUACUGAUUCCUUUGCUCCUCCAGACUGGACUGAGGGAAUGGAUCGGGAGCAGGUUGUGAACAUGCUGUCUGCCUUGUACGCUGAUCCCAAAUAUGCAUCCAUCAGAGAUCUGAUUGUAGAUGAAUAUAUUGGAACCGGUGAAGAUCGUGUGAAAAAUAGAAAAGGGUUUACUGAGGUGCUUGGAGACCAGCUCACCAUUCCAGCCAUUAAAGCUGCAAAUGCCCACAGAGAUGCAGGCGCCCCUGUAUACCUGUAUGAGUACCAGCAUCCUCCCAAAUUUCUGCAGGCAAAAAGGCCAAGCUUUGUUGGGUGUGACCAUGGAGACGAACUCUUUACAGUAUUAGGAUUCUGCUUCACUACCACUCAUGUCAAAUUAGCAGAUGCAUGCCCAGAAGAGGAGGAACAGUUAAGCAGAACCAUGAUGAGCUACUGGGGCAACUUUGCUCGCACAGGGUCUCCUAAUGGGGACGGCCUUGUCCACUGGCCAAAGUAUGGAGUAGAUGAAGAAUACCUGGCAAUUGGUAUAACAGAGCAGGUAAUUGGUCAGCACCUGAAGAAGGAUCGCUUUGUCUUCCUGACUCAGACCCUUCCAGAGAAGAUCCAACAACAUAUGAAGAAGAUGGAGCACAGCGAACUGUAGAGCUGUCACCUCUCAUCUUUCUCUGUUCCAUCAACCUUUUUCAAUUCCUACAUUAAAGAAUAGGUUCACACUUAUUCAAAUCUAUCUUGAAACAAUAGUCAGGUGCUUGCGUGAACCUUUAAACAACAAAGUUUUACUUGAUGGAUCAUUCCUCCGGUUUAUACUGAUCAUUAGAGGAUCUAUUUCUAACAAGCUUUUAAUAUAAUUUAUGGGGGACAAAAUCCACAGUCCUUCUUCUGCCAGAUAUCAGAAGCAGUGUUCCUAUAGGUAUCUCACUGUUGUUUUAAGACAGACUAGAAAAACUGUGAACCGAACCUUUAACUGCAAACAAGUCAGCCAGGAGAGAUCAUCUUGCACUGUCCCUAAUGUACUAACCACCAUUAAACUGAGACAUAACUUGGCAAGUGCUCAGUUUUAAACAAGCCAGUAAAUCUACCUACCAGUCACACCUUUUCACAUUCACGCAAGUGCUGGUAUAAAUCAGAGACUGUAUAAUGAAAUGAUAUGUACACAUGAGCACUAUGUCUGUCUGUAUGAUAGUCACCCUUGCCCUCAUUAUAAGCAGAGAACACUUGCAGACAUACAUACUUGAGUGCAUUUGAACAGAGAUGUAACUGCUUAGCUUAAGGAAAAAGUGAGUGAAAAGUGUUGUCCUCACAGCCUAAGACUUUAGGGUCAUUUUUAUGUGUUUAGUUUUUCUGUGCAAAAGGUUGGAUUUGUCCCAUGACUCUGCAAAAGCAACAACUCAACAACUCUGAAAAUCUGGAUUGAAAAUAUAAUAUGAAAUCAUAUUUCCUGCUACAAAGCCAUGAAAAUAUGUGAUGAAACUUACUUCAUCAUUUUUUGAAUAAGAGUGAUGCAUUCUUACAUUUCAACAUUGUAAGGGAAAUUUGAUCUACUUUGUAUUCAGUUUUACUCUCGAUGUGUAAUGGAAACCGUUGAUCUUGUGCAACCAUUAUUGUACAACUGUUGUUGAAGAAUGCAACAACAGAAACUACUGUCUGGUGUAUGAGGAUGUGGUGUGACACAAACAUCUUCUUCAAAUGUUGGUUUCAGCCCAGCCAUUGGAUGGGGCAAAUGGUAUGUGAUAAACAAGGAAGUAACAACAUAUUGUGUAAUUAUGGGGAUAAUGGUAUGUGUAUUUGUCCCAAACUAUAAUGGUAUAUGUAUGCUCAGCCAAAUAUUUACUGUCAAAAUAGUUUAAUAAUCCACUUACUCCACUGUGGAGAAUGAUAAUUCUACAACACGAGUUCCACCCUGAACAUUUUGGCAGCGUGCUCAUGGAUGUUUUUUUAUACUUUUAUUUUAUUAACAAAAUCUGGCUAUUACAAUAAUAAUUUGGUAAUACAACACAAACAGUAUAGAUCAUAGACUGAGCUGCUACAACUUUUCUUAAUAUAACACAAAGCAGUACAAAUGAGGAAAAAACAAAACAUAAAUAAAAUAAAUAAAAAAUGGGUCAGAGGUCUAAUCAGAAAUCAAUAUGUCUUUGAAAAUAUCUUCUUUGCUUUCUUAAAAUGUAUUAACUCAUUCCUGAGGACUAAGAACAGUAGUCUGGCAUUGGUAAAUCUGCAUCACUUCCAUUGUUUUGUCCUGCAUUUUAACUUGGGUUAAUUUGGUUGAUUGAAAGUUAAUUUGGGUGAUUGAAAGUCCUUUUCAAAUAUCCAAUUUUGAAACAGUUCCCAGAAAGAUCUAGUAUAAUUACAAGCAAAAAACUAAUGUUCUAAAGUUUCGGUAGCAUUCACCAUUACUUGUGGAAUUGCAUUGAUAACCACUGAUUCACUGGAAAGGACCACACCGUCAACAAGAUACGUUUGAAUGAUUUAUUGAGGAAAACAAUUGAUAUGCAUAGUUCUUCCGGUUUCUGACUGUGUUGUGGGGAAGCUUACGGGGAAUCCGCUGCAGCACCCGGGCAACAGCGGACCCCCUCAGGACCCUACAAAGGAGAGGAAGAAUCAUGAAGAAAC